GGUCAAGGUCACACAAUUUUGGAAAUGAUAUAUACAUUGCAUAUUACAUUGCAUAUGAUAUCAACAAUUGAUUGAAACUUUGAGAUGUGGAUGCUUCAACAAUGUUUACUCUGCAAGGACUUCAGAGGCUUUGGCUAUUCUUGAGUAACUUCAUCAUUCUACCUUGUCUGAUUGGCAUUGCGACCUGGUAUGUGUUGUUACCAGAGGUGGAGCUAGAAUGCAUCGAUGAUUUUGCCAAUAAAGGAGAUCUGGUUUGCAAACCAAAAUGUCAAAAAGGAUAUUUCAGUCUACCAGACAUGGAGAAUUGUCGUAGAUGGCUAGGAUGCAAGGAAAUAUCAAAGAUAAAAGAAAAAUGGAUUCUUGGCCAAGGAAUAGUGAAAAAUGCCCACUUGGGUAGUUGGAGGAACCAUUCAGUGGUUCUAAAUAAAUUACGCUUCGAGGAUUACAGAUCUGACUUUAAUCAUGGCCUAAAAAUGCUUAAGAAGCUUUCUCCUAGUCCAUUUAUUGUGCAGUUUCUUGGAUCGUGCUCGGAUGUUUAUGUCACAGAAUUUCACCGUCAUGGCUCACUCAGCAACCUGGAGGAUUUGUUCAUCUCCAAUGAAAUAUUCCGGAAGUAUGACACAAGGAAGUACAGAUUCCGUACAGCAAUAAGAUAUGUAGAGAUUUUGGAUUAUUUGCAUAAUAGUCCCAUUGGAACUCGAGUUAUGUGUGACUCAAAUGAUAUCAAGAAAACUGUAUCGCAAUAUUUAAUUACGGAUGAUCUCAGGAUGGUGGUCAAUGACCUUGAUGCUCUUCCAUUAGUCAACCACACCAAAAAUUUGUUGAUAAAAUGUGGAAAUCGUGAACUUUUUGGAGAUUUUGUAGCUCCAGAGCAAAAAUGGCCAUUUGAUAAAAAUGAUAAAUUUGACAAUGAUAAAAUGCCUGGAUAUGAUGAAAAAACUGACAUUUGGAAAAUCCCUGAUGUUUUUAAACACCUCAUAAGUGAUACGAAAGGUGCCGAUAGUCUCAAGUAUUAUCUAUUUGAUAUUCAUAAAAAGUGCAAGAGUAAAGAUCCAAAAAAGAGACCUAGUACAAAAGAGAUAUUGAAGCAGUAUUAUAAAGUAUGGAAGAAAUAUUACGACUCUUGACAUUUCAAUAAUAUAAUUGGACUGGCUAACUAGGUCAAUAUCUCAAUGUAUGUGUCAAAAACUUUGUGUCGUAUUGUACAUUGUAAAGUGUUGUAUUUGAUCUAAACUUUAGCAGCUAAAAUGGGAAAUUCAAACAUUUGAAAAUAAUGUCAACAUAAUUAAGAAUAAUAUCUCAAAGAAUAUGUGAAUGAUUAAAAAAUAUUUUACUCCCACCAAUAUUUGACACUAUUAUAUUUUGAAAUUUUGCGGCUAUUAAUUUUUGAUUAUUUUCAGUUUUUAAUAUUUCAUG